UCAGUUGAGGAGAACAGAAAAUGAAGGAGACAAAUGGACAAGAAGCCAUUAUUCUGCCUGCAGUGGUGUCUGGCAUAGAGAACCCUGAGCCAGAGUUCUUGGAAGAAGGAGUAAACCUGGAGGGAAGUAGAAGGAAUGACGAACAUAGCCUUGGGAAUGACGAACAUAGCCUCGGGAAUGACGAACAUAGCCUCGGGAAUGAACUGGGGCCUCCCACUCACCACAAGAACAGGUACCUACAACCUUUCUCCAGGGCAAGAAGUUUCUACACAUCCCACUCUGCUUUGUUCAAGAAGAUCUUGCUGAUUCUCCUGUGUUUGGCCUAUGCUGCCUACUUCCUAGCAGCUUGCAUCUUGAAUUUCCAAAGGGCAUUAGCUUUGUUUGUGCUUACCUGUUUGGUGUUACUGGUCGUGGCUCACCGUCUUCUGAAAAAGUUCUUCGGUAAAAAAUUAACAGGAUGUCUGAAGCCCUUUAAUAACGCUACCCUGAAGCUUUGGAUGAAAAGGGUGUUUGCAGGACUCUGUCUGGUUGGCUUGAUCUUGUGGCUGGCUCUGGACACAGCAAAAAGGCCAGAGCAGCUCAUCUCCUUCGCAGGAAUCUGCAUGUUUGUCCUCAUCCUCUUUGCCUGCUCCAAACGCCACAGUGCAGUGUCCUGGAGAACAGUGCUUUGGGGUCUGGGUCUUCAGUUUGUCUUUGGAAUAUUGGUCAUUAGAACUGAUCCUGGAUUUAUUGCAUUUCAAUGGUUAGGAGACCAGAUGCAGAUAUUCCUGAGCUACACCCUGGCAGGCUCCAGUUUUGUUUUUGGGGAUCUGCUGGUCAAGGAUGUCUUUGCUUUCCAGGCUUUACCAAUCAUCAUUUUCUUUGGGUGUGUGAUGUCCAUUCUCUAUUACCUGGGCCUUGUGCAGUGGGUUGUUCAGAAGAUUGCCUGGUUUUUGCAAAUCACCAUGGGCACCACUGCCACAGAGACUUUGGCUGUGGCAGGAAACAUCUUUGUGGGCAUGACAGAGGCUCCCCUGCUCAUCCGUCCCUACCUGGCAGACCUGACAUUCUCUGAAAUCCAUGCAGUGAUGACUGGAGGGUUUGCCACCAUUUCAGGCACAGUGUUGGGAGCCUUCAUAUCCUUUGGGGUGGAUGCAUCCUCCUUGAUUUCUGCCUCUGUCAUGGCGGCCCCGGGUGCUCUUGCCUUGUCAAAGCUGGUAUAUCCAGAAGUGGAGGAGUCCAAGUUCAAGAAUAAGGAGGGGGUAAAAUUGCCCCGUGGGAAGGAGAAGAAUAUCUUGGAAGCUGCCAGCAAUGGAGCCGCAGAUGCCAUUGGCCUUGCUGCAAAUGUAGCCGCCAACCUGAUUGCUUUUCUGGCAGUGCUGGCCUUCAUCAACGCUACUCUCUCUUGGUUAGGAGAAUUGGUAGAUAUUCAUGGGCUCACUUUCCAAGUCAUCUGCUCUUACAUCCUAAGGCCCAUGGUUUUCAUGAUGGGUGUAGACUGGGCAGACUGUCCACUAGUGGCUGAGAUGAUUGGGAUCAAGUUCUUCAUAAAUGAGUUUGUGGCCUAUCAGCAACUGUCUCAAUAUAAGAACAAGCGUCUCUCUGGAAUGGAAGAAUGGAUUGGGGGCGAGAAACAAUGGAUUUCUGUGAGAGCUGAAAUCAUCACAACAUUUUCACUCUGUGGGUUUGCCAAUCUUAGUUCCAUAGGAAUCACACUGGGAGGCUUGACAUCCAUCGUACCCCAGCGGAAGAGUGACUUGUCUAAGACUGUGAUUCGUGCCCUCUUCACAGGAUCCUGUGUGUCCCUUAUCAGUGCCUGUGUAGCAGGAAUCCUCUAUGUCCCCAGAGGAGCUGAAAGUGACUGUGUCACCUUUCUAAGCACAAGCUUCACUAAUAGGACCUAUGAGAGCUAUGUGUGUUGCAGGCAGCUCUUCCAGAGCACUUCUCUGAAUGACAGCAUUCCUUCUUUUUCCGGUCCCUGGGAAGGUCAAGAAAUCAGUGCCAUGGCUCUUGCUAACUGUUGUACAUUCUACACCAGUACAGUCUGCCCUGAAAUUGGUCCACAUCCAUAAAAACCCUGAUAAUGAUGCUUUUUGUUGUUGUUGUUGGCAAGUGUGUUUAUGUUUAUGUGUUCAGAGUUCCUACUCUAGCUAAUUUAUCAUUUAACAGUAAAUGAAACAUUUUCAAUUUGGUUCACUGUAUGGUAACAAUGAAAAUUUAUUAUCUUAUCUUUCCGUUAUUUGACUGAACCAAAUAGGAAAUUCUUUAAGGGUGCUGACUGGACUUAAGACUUGAACUUGAAUACUGCCAAUAAAAAAAAAAAAUCUUGCAACUAAGGCCCAUAAUAGUUAUCUUUAAUAUUAUCUGGUGCAGAAUACUAUCAGUGUUAUUGAGUUUGUAAUGUAUACUUAUGUGAAAUGCUGUAUUUCUGGAAGUUUUGUGGAUGAUAGCUGUUUAUGGUACUAAAGGAACAUAUGAAAGGGACAUGAAUAUUUAAUGAUAAUAUCUUUCUGAUUGCCACA